UCCAGAAUACAGAACUCAACUCACAAGCGUAACAAACGGAUCCCGUUCAAUCCAAAUCGCACUCCGCAUAUUUUGACAUGAUCAACAAGUUGGCGAUCCUGAUAUUGUUCUGCUACAGUUGUAAACCUUCCGGCACCAUGUCCACAAGGUAGCCGACUAUUCUUGUCAAUAUUUCUUUAAUUGUUUCAUUCAUAGUCUAAAAAGGAAAAUACAAUCCGUGGACAUUAUUGCGUCUUCUAAUAUAUGUUGCGGGAACAGUGAAGUCGGAAAAAGUGCUAGAAGGCGAAUAGGGAUAAGAAAAUAUGGCUGCAAUAAAUAUAACUUGCUUUUGAAAUACAGGUUAUGAUAUCUCAAUUCUGCCACAUUCUCGGAACUUAUGUUAGUUUUCAGAUUUCAAGAGAAGAACACAGGAACACUGGUAAUAGCAGCAUAGUGAAUAUUUAUGAUGGUCGGUCCAUCAGCAUUUCUAUUGUUGUGUAACAGCAGUGUCAACUUUAUCAGGUAACCAAGGCCUCUGGAUAUAGUUUGUGAGGACAUGGUGUACAGUAAACAUGGAAGAGGUGGGUUUGAUGAAUUCUGGUGCUAAUAUUUAUCAAAAAAAUAUAGAUUUUCCUACACAUAUUCAGAACAGUUUUCUUAAUGAGACCACUCAGAGAAGUGUUGCCACUAAUACAGACUACAUAAGGGACAUGCAUUAUGGUGAAGUGAGUGAAGCUGUAGGGAUGGUAUUAGGGUUUGAUGAAAUUUCAUCAUACAAAUUACAUAAGUUAAAGAAUGUGAAAAAGAAUUCUCCAAAAUUUCCUUUAAGUUGCUCAAUAUGUAAGGAAUCUUUUGAUAGAAAACUUGAGUUGGACAUACAUUUAAUGUCUCAUAAUGAGGAAUUGUACAAGUGUCCUAUUUGCCAAAAAUCAUUUCCUGAUGUUCAUUUAAUGCAAAGACAUGUGGCAUUUCAUACAGGGAGUGAAUUGCAUCAGUGUCCAGUGUGUAUGAAGUGUUUCAUGCGGAAAGGUCUCUUAAACCGCCAUAUGACAGUACAUACCGUUGAGAGACCCCACCAUUGUAUGGUGUGUAAGAAGUCAUUCAAGAAGAAAGGUGACCUUCAUAUACACAUUAAGAACUGCCAUUCCUCUACUAUUCGUCACGAAUGCACAGUGUGCCAAAAGACGUUUUCUCGACGAGAUACCAUGCUUCUUCAUAUGAGGUUGCAUUCUAAUGACAAAUUGUUUCAGUGCCCUGUUUGUUUGAAGUGUUUCCCUCAGAAAUUUCAUUUAAAUCGACAUGUUACCAUACAUUCCCAGGAGAGACCUUAUCCAUGUUAUGUAUGCAGCAAAUCAUUUAAAAGCAUUUCUGAGUUGAACAUUCACACUGAAAUUCACUACAGUGAUAAACGUCACAAGUGUCCGCUGUGCGACAAAUUGUUUUCAAGGCAGGAUAGUAUGCGUCUUCACAUGAAACUGCAUACAGGAGACAACUUAUAUAAAUGCCCCAUCUGUUUAAAGUGUUUCACACAGAAGUUCCACUUGAAUAGGCACAGUCUUGUACAUUCAGAAGAGAAACCACAUCAGUGCACUGUAUGUAAUAAAAUGUUUAAAUGUCAACGAAACCUUAAGAUACAUUCCAAGACCCACAUCAAAGAGAAACAACAUGAAUGUGUUAUGUGCAAUAAAACUUUUGCUAGAAGAGACACAAUGUUAGUACAUAUGAGACUUCAUACAAGGGAUAAGUUACACAAGUGUUCAAUAUGCUUUAAACACUUUCCUUUAAGGAGUCAUCUUGCAAGGCAUUUGAAGAUUCAUACCGGUAUUCAGCGUCACCACUGCCCUAUUUGUAACAAGGGUUUCAGAAGCAAAUACUACCUCUCACAACAUGCCAGGUUACAUACUGAUAGCCAGCCAUUUGCGUGUUCUGUGUGCAAGAAGACAUUUAGUAUCAAGCAGCAUCUGCAAAGUCACGAAAAAAGUCAUCGUAGGGAAAAAUCCUCUCUUCCUCUCUCAGAAAUAUCGAUUAUACCUCAUGUAGAGAAUUCGUCCAUACCUCUUGAAGAGAAAUCACCUGUAUCUCAUAUAGAGAGGACUUUUAUCCCUUUUACAGAGAAACUGGCUAUCCCAUAUUUGGAGAAGUCAGCUGCCCCGUAUCCAGAGAAGACAUCUGUCCUCUACCCAGAUAACUCUGCUGUCCCAUAUUCAGAGAAGUCAGCUAUCCAGUAUCCAGAAAAGUGAACUAAGUAGACCCUCAAUAUAAAGCAGGCGUCAGGAGACAGCUUCACUACCCACAUCAUAAGUGAAAUUGACAGUUACCUGAUUUUGGAAUCCAUGUUAUUAUGUACACAGUAUUUAUGCAGUGAUUAAAAUAUAUACAUGAAUUUUAAGGUAUAUCUCAGA